AUCAAAAUAGUAUGAAUAUAAGUCUAAAAUUCUAGGCAACACUAUAUUAAUUUUAAAAGUGACAGGUGAACACUAAAAAAAAAACUAUCAAAACAAAAAUGGAAACGAAAAUUAGGAAAAGUCUGACUAUAACGGAUCCAGAUGAUGAUUCUUCAGUACCAGAUUCCGACCAGUAUGAGGUUCUGUUUCCAUUGCCCGACAUUGAUCCCUCCGAGUGUCGCGAUGAGUUCAUUAAGAAGUUCCUGGUUGAAGAAGAGAAGAGAAUCAGUGCUCUAAAGCCGAGACAAACAAUAGCCCGGAAGAGCAUGGGCGAAAUUGACCACACCUCAAAAUGGGCCGACUUAAACAACACGCCCGAGACAAGGCUUCUUGCUAACAUUUUGCGCAAGUGGUAUGAGAAAUAUAGUAAACCAACAACUAAACGAUCGUUAAGGAGCUCCGAAGCGUACGUGGAGCGACUCUCCCAGCUGAAUGACCUCAACCAGCAGUGCCAGAAGGCAGCCAUUGAGUUCAUGUCGGUGCGCCUCCUUAGGCAGCUGCGUCUCUUCUCCAGCCCCUGGCCCGGCAAACUGGACGAAAUGCCCUACCGCCUAUUUAGCUGGUCCCUGGAUCAUUUCUUACAACGACUUGACCAUAACCAGAUGUACCUUGACGUUAUCCAUCGGGAGCGAACCACAGAGGAUCUCGACUGCCUUAAGUUUCGGACGGAUCUGCACGAAAUAAUGCUUUUAAUCUACGAGAUCAGAGAAGACUUUAGUUUCAAUCAUAAUCUCUGCUCCAAUAGCAUGCAAAUGCUGCGUGAAGCCAAGUACAACUUGAAUGGUUCUUGGAUUAAGGGACUCGUUGAAAAUCGUGCGAUAAAAGACCACUUAAAGGCGAUUACUAUGCUUGAUACUUCCAGCAGUGUUAACCUCAAAAACACUCGUCUCACGGCGGUCCUUGAUCAGUUCGAGGACGUGACCGCUAUGGAUCCCAUCGAGAUUCGCUACCGAUUCAACUGGCUGAACAGCUGUGCGGACCAGCGGCUAAUGCGCCUUAAUGGACGCGAGGAGGAUCUGGCGAAGCAACUUAAGGACCUGGAGGAAAUAAUUUACAAGGACGAAUUGGUUCAAAACCAUUCCGAGAACAUUUACUCCCUUCAAGUGGACAAUCUGAGGGAGCAGCUCAAUGAAUGGCAGAUGCGUUACGAAAACGAUCUGGAAAAUGCCGAGGUAGAGUGCACGGUGGCACGACUUGCCCUGACGAAGGUCAACGAUGAUUACAAGUUCUACACGGAGCAGGAGCAGAUGUACAAGCGGCGAAUUGCUGAGGAGAGGGAACUAAUGGCAACGGAGGAGAGAAUACGAAAGGAAAAGCAGGCUAAGGCUGAACAAACCGUCGUAGAUGUGAGAGCCACGGUGCAGGCCUUAGAAGCUGUCUACAACCCAAAGGAUCCGGCCAAGAAAAAAAGAAGCAAGCCAAAUUCUAAAGCUCAUCGAUAUUCGGAAAAAUGUAUUUAUUUUGGCAACCCAAACAAAAUAAUCAAAUAACUCUGUGUAAUGCCUGGUGAACUUAACCCCCAA